AUGGUGUGUAACUUGAGGAGCUGUCGCGUCUGCGGUUGCGUGAGAGGGCUGGGCGCAUGGCAGCAACCUCCCGAGCCUCCUGUCCUGCACUUCCGGAGCUCCAAAAGGCCUCCCCUGUUGGUAUCUGGGCCCCUCCAUUUAACAGCUGAGCUGCAGCUGCGGCUCAGCUGUUCGACGGCGCCCGCUAGCCUCUCCAACUCUGCCCCGCCCGUCUCUACCUCAGACGGUUCCAGAAUUGAGGGAGAUGGGGAGAAGCCAUACAAAUGCCUUGAGUGUGGAAAGUGCUUCUCUCGGAAUGACAGCCUAAAUGCACAUCAAAGGGUUCACACGGGGGAAAAGCCAUAUAAAUGCUUAAAGUGUGGAAAGUGCUUCUCUCGGAAUUCCAUUCUAACUAAACAUCAGAAGGUUCACACAGGGGAGAAGCCAUACAAAUGCCUGAAGUGUGGAAAGUGCUUCUCUCGGAAAGACAGCCUAACUGCACAUCAAAGGGUUCACACAGGGGAGAAGCCAUACAAAUGCCUGGAGUGUGGAAAGUGCUUCUUUUGCAAUGGCGAUCUAACUAAACAUCAAAGGGUUCACACAGAAGAAAAGCCAUAUAAAUGCCUGGAGUGUGGAAAGUGCUUCUUUCAGAGUACGCAGCUAACUCAACAUCAAAGUGUUCACACAGCAGAGAAGCCAUACAAAUGCCUGGCAUGUGGAAAGUGCUUCUCUUGUAAUGGUAACCUAACUGCACAUAAAAGGGUUCACACAGGGGAGAAGCCAUACAAAUGCCUGGAGUGUGGAAAGUGCUUCUCUCAGAAUUCCUCCCUAACUACACAUAAAAGGGUUCACACGGGGGAGAAGCCAUACAAAUGCCUGGAGUGUGGAAAGUGCUUCUCUGGCCGCCUAACUGCACAUAAAAGGGUUCACACAGCGGAGAAGCCAUACAAAUGCCUGGAGUGUGGAAAGUGCUUUCAGAAUACUCAGCUAACUCAACAUCAAAGGGUUCACACAGGGGAGAAGCCAUACAAAUGCCUGGAGUGUGGAAAGUGCUUCUCUCACAAUUCCUCCCUAACUGCACAUAAAAGGGUUCACACGGGGGAGAAGCCAUACACAUGCCUGGAGUGUGGAAAGUGCUUCUCUGGCCGCCGCGACCUAACUGCACAUAAUAGGGUUCACACGGGGGAGAAACCAUACACAUGCCUGGAGUGUGGAAAGUGCUUUUCCUGCAAUGGCGACCUAACUAAACAUCAAAGGGUUCACACAGCGGAGAAGCCAUACAAAUGCCUGGAGUGUGGAAAGUGCUUCUCUCACAAUCCCUCCCUAACUGCACAUAAAAGGGUUCACACGGGGGAGAAGCCAUACACAUGCCUGGAGUGUGGAAAGUGCUUCUCUCACAAUUCCUCCCUCACUGCACAUCAAAGGGCUCACACGGGGGAAAAGCCCUACAAAUGCCUGGAAUGUGGAAAGUGCUACUCUCAGAAUUGUGAGCUAACUGCACACCAAAGGGUUCACACAGGGGAGAAGCCAUUCAAAUGCAUGGAGUGUGGAAAGUGCUUCUCUUGGAGUGGCCACCUAACUAAACAUCAAAGUCCCCUUGGAGCCCUCCUCCCCCCGCCCUGGCUCGCUGGACAUGUGACCCUUUCCUCGGCCACCUCUCCCUCCGUGCCCGGGAGAGCGCACAAGAGCCCUGCAGGGUUGGCCCAAGAGCCCCACCCCCAGCCACCGCGGGGGUGCAAAAGGAGAGUCCGUGUCUCGCUGUCUUGCCCAGGCUACGCUGCAGCGGCUAUUCACAGGCGCGAUCCCACUACUGAUCGGCACGGGAGUUUUGACCUGCUCCGUCUCCGACCUGGGCCGGUUCACCCCUCCUUGGGCAACCUGGCGGGCCGCAGCUCCCCGCGGCCCGCCAUAUUGAUGCCGGACUUAGUGCGGACACCCGAUCGGCACAGCCCGCUGCAGCCCAGAACUCCUGAGCUCACGCGAUCCGCCGGCCUCAGCCUCCCCGGCAGCCGGGAUUACAGGCGCGCGCCACCGCGCCCGGCUGGGGCUUCGCUGGCCCAGGGACGGGCCUUAUGCCGCGCCGGCGCCGACGUCACCGGGCCCGGACACGCCCCCUCGCCUCGCCACGCCUUCGCCAGCAGGGGGAGAGGCCUGACUCCGCUCCGCCCACGUCACGGGGCCCGGACACGCCCCUCCCUCGCUCGCGCGGGGCAUGCCGGGAGCCGGACCGCCUAG